AUGAAUUGGAGCAUGAGUUCCGAUCACUGUGCAUGGGAGGGAGUUAGCUGUGACCACAAGACGGGGAAUGUAAUCGGACUGGAUCUAAGUUGCAGUCAGCUGGAAGGAGCUAUACUUCCUAACAGCACGCUCUUCCAACUCUCUCAUCUCCAGUUCCUCAACCUUUCACAAAACAACUUUUCUCUCACCAAUAAAUUCCCUCGAGACUUUGGUUUCUUUGCAAAAGGUUUGACGCAUCUCAACCUCUCUUAUACUGGAUUAUCAGGGAGAGUUCCCUCAGGAAUCUCUCAUUUGUAUAAACUGGUCUCACUUGAUCUCACAGAUGAAAAUAGUGCUAAACUUGAAGAUGACGUGUUUAAAUCACUAUUGCAGAAUUUAACUCAUCUCAGAGUGCUUAAUCUUCAAGGGGUUAACAUUUCCUCUGUUUUGCCCGUUAAUAUCUCUUCUUCUUUAAGAGUUCUUAACCUUGGGCAGACUUAUGGUCUACACGGAGUAGUACCCCAGGAGGUUUUCCACCUUCCCAACUUGGAAGUACUUGAUUUAGCAUAUAAUGACGACCUGAGAGCUACAUUACCCAAAGUUAAGUGGGGAAGUAGUGCUACUCUCCAACACCUCCAUCUUUCAAGUAUCAACAUAAUUGGAGGUCUACCUGAUUCAAUAGCCUUUCUGGAGUCCUUAGGCAGUCUGCAACUCUACAUGUGUAAUUUGUCUGGCCUGAUACCAAGAUCCAUCACGCACCUUGGUCAACUUACUUACUUGGGCCUCUCUAUUAAUAAUCUUCAUGACCCAAUUCCAACAUCUUUAGCAAACCUUACAAACCUAAGACUUCUCGCCCUUUCUAAUAACAAGUUCAUCGGAUCACUUCCCCAGUGGUUUUUUCACCAUCCAUCGCUGGAAAAGUUAUAUCUGGGACUUAAUGGGUUCACAGGUCAACUAUAUGAAUUUGAUCCCUCCAAGUCGCAACUUCGUACUUUUAUUUGCGAAAACAAUCAACUCAGUGGACCCAUUCCACAAUCAUUUUCUCAACUUUUGAACCUCACUGAGCUAGACUUUUCAUCAAACAAUUUCAGUGGUGUUUUGGAUUUUAAUUAUAUGUUUUCACGCCUUCGGUACCUGGAUAGUCUUGAUCUCUCCCACAACAGUCUAUCAGUGAGAAAUGCAAGUUUGGACACACUCCCUCCAAAGCUUAGAAAAUUGGGAUUGUCAUCUUGCAAGAUUAAAGACUUUGCACACUUUUCAAAAGAUGCAAAGACCUCGCUAUUUUGGGUAGACCUAUCAAACAAUGAUAUUGAUGGGGAAAUUCCACUUUGGAUGGGGUCAGUGUACUACUAUCUGAAUGUUUCCCACAACAGACUAAUAGGCGGCAUUGAGCAACUACCUUGGAAUAAUAUCAUAUAUCUUGAUCUCCAUUCUAAUAUGCUAAAUGGAUCGUUGCCCGCCUUCAUCUGUGAUUCAAGCAAUCUUGAGAUUCUAAAUCUGUCCAAUAACAAUUUGAGCGGUGUACUUCCAGAUUGUUCAAAAAAAUUGACUUCCAUUAGGGUAUUUGAUCUGCGGAUGAAUAAAAUUCAGGGCAACAUUCCAGCAACCUUGUCAAAUUUCCGUAGUCUGGAAACCAUAAAUUUGAAUGGAAAUAAUUUACAAGGAAGAAUACCUUCUUCUUUUGCGGAGUUUGAAUACCUAAAGCUUCUUGAUCUUGGAAGUAAUCAAAUCAAUGAUACAUUUCCACAAUGUUUGGAAGGUCUUCCAAAGCUUCAGGUUCUUGUUCUGAGAUCAAAUAGAUUUCAUGGUAUAAUAAACACGAGUUCUAAGGUUGAACGCCCAUUUCUCAACUUGAGAAUCAUUGAUAUUUCGUCCAAUGAGUUUUCUGGUCCAUUGCCUGCCAUUUAUUUCAAAAGCUUCAAGGCUAUGAAGAAUGGUGAAGUGAAUAAAAUGGAGCGUAGUUAUAUGGGGGACAACACUUAUUACAGUGAUUCAACAUGUCUAGUAAUUAAGGGAGUAAAGAUUAAAUUGGUAAAAAUUCUAACUAUAUUCACAACCAUUGAUGUUUCGAGGAACAAUUUUGAAGGAGAGAUUGCUGAAUCCAUCGGAAAUCUAGUGGCACUCAGAUUUCUUAAUUUGUCGCACAAUCAUCUCACAGGAGUAAUACCAUCCUCAGUCGGAAAAUUGUCUAUGUUGGAGUCACUAGACCUCUCAUUUAACCGGCUCGAAGGAGAAAUUCCGCAGCAAAUCGCAGGCAUAUAUUCACUUGGAAUGUUAAAUCUGUCUUGCAACCAACUUAGAGGUCAUAUCCCUAAAGGGUCUCAAUUCAAUACAUUUGAAAAUAACAGCUACGUUGGUAACUUUGGGCUGUGUGGACAUCCCUUGUCCAAAGAGUGUAAAAAUGAUACUAUGACCCAAGAAGAAGAAGUUGAGGAGCAAGAAAAAGAUGAAGAUGGGGAUGAUGAUUACUUUUUUAGUGGUUUCACUUGGAAAGCUGUGGUGAUUGGAUAUGGCUGUGGAGUACUGCCGGCAUUUAUUAUUGGAUACUCGAUGUUGGUUGCACGAAAACCAAAAUGGUUUGCUGGAAUUAUUGCCCGGGAACUGGGUCUCAAGAUCAGGAGGAUGGAGAUCAAAAUGCGAUAA